ACUAUCUGAUCAAAGAUCAUGAUAGAUAAUACAAAUUCAUGGAAAACUUACAAAGUGUAAAUACUAACACAGAUACUAAACACGACAUUAAUAAGUCGACAACGACAACAAUUUAAGAAAAUAGAAGAAUUAAAUGUAAUUAAUACAUUGAAGUCGUGUCGUACAACACUUGUCAGACACCAAGACACCUAUUCAAUCAAAAGUGUAUGUGUUACAUAUACGCAAUAUUAAUAGGUUCUUUUGAUAUUUUCAAGCACUUCAUCUACUUGUUCUUUUUCCAUUCAAGUUUUGGAAUUGGUUCAUAAAAGGAUAGACCAUGAACAAUUGGGCUCCUCCUCUCAUAGCUGCAGCUCUGUUUUGGCUUUUAUCACCAGGAAUGAUUUUUCAACUUCCUGGAAAGAAUUCACCCUUGGAGUUUAUGAACAUGAAGACCACUGUUGCAUCAAUUUUUGUACACACAGUUAUUUAUGGCUUACUUCUCAUGUUGUUCUUUGUUGUUCUUAAUGUUCAUCUUUAUAUCAAUUGAAGUAGAGCACGUGGAAAUAUAUUUGUAAUUUUUUAUUUUCCUCUUAAUUAACUAAUCUUCUUGUGUUUGAUAUUCUUAAAGUUUUCAUGUGUUAUUUGAUUUCUGUUUAUUAUUGAAAAUUGUUAUAUGUAGUGCAUAUAAUGUUUUCUUAGUGGUAAAUUUGCAGGAAAAGGACUGAUGUAGGCAAUAGUAAAGGUUAUACAGUUACUUUCAUGUAA